AUGCGUCAGGACUUCUGUGCCUUUUCAGAUAAGCAGCUGGCUCGUGGAACCAUCUUAGCAUCUCUCAAUGCCACAUGUUAUUUUGCUCGUAUGAUGAAGGUUAUGUUCUUGAAAAACCAAUCCAGUAGUGGUUACUGGCAGCCCACAUUGAAGAAAGCAAUGAAAUACCUAAGGCGUAACAUUUGUAAAGGGUUGCAGUUCGCAUGGGAUUAG